CUGACUGGUUGUGAGGAUUUACUGCAGCGCCCCAGGAUCCCAAAGCCAAACCCGAAGCCAGUGGAACCUGCGGGGUGAAGGCGAGUCAGUCCAGUAUGGAGCGACUGAAUGAGGAGGCGGUGCGACUAAGCCUGCUGAAGCGAGGCCUGGACUCCUCCUCACCUGCAGGCGGCGCCACGAGCAGUGAGCGAGACGAGCUGCUCUCCAAACGCAUCAAGAUGGAGGGCCACCAAGCCAUGGAGCGCCUCAAGAUGCUGGCCUAUCUGAAACGCAAGGACCUGGCCAGCCUGGAGGGGGGAGGGUUGGGAGGGGUCUCAGGAGGCGGGGCCCUAGGGGGUGAGGUCAAGGGUCAUGGGUCUUCAGGGGGAGGGGCUUAUGAGGAGAAGACCAAUGGGAGCCUCCGUGGUCAAGUUGUGGGAGCCCAUGGCAUGGUGGGAAAGAGCGGGAAGGAGAACAUGGGCGAGGAGCCGGUGGAUUUCAGCGCCCGGAGAGGUGACGUUGACCGGGAGCGACACACACCCUCCCCUGAUGUGAUCGUCCUGUCAGACAAUGAGGCGUCCAGUCCAAGAGGGCCCAGCCAAGGAGAAGAACGCCUGAGGGUAGCGAACCUGGAGAUGUUUAAGGGUAAGACAGGGGAGGAGAGGCAGAAGAUGAUCAGGGCUCUGAGAGAGGAGCUGAGGCUGGAGGAGGCCAGGCUGGUGCUGCUGAAGAAGCUGAGGCAGAGCCAGAUGCAGAAGGAGAACCUGGUGCAGAAGGUCCCUGUGGUCCAGAACACAGCGUCUGCCCUCCAGAGCGGUGUCGUCCACGGGGCUCAGAGCAUGAGCAAGAUGUCUGGCCGCCCUGGCCACCACACCCCAGAGCCCCAGAACCAUCGCACUGCACAGGUUGGCUACAGCAUUGCACAGGGUCACUCUGUGAUCAGGUCAGCCACCAACAGCUCCAUGUCUCAGAUGAUGAUGUCACAGAGCAGGGUGAUAGCGCCCAACCCUGCCCAGCUGCAGGGCCAGAGGCUGGCACAGCAGAAGCAGGGUGGCAUGCGCUCCUCGACUGGCAGCUCUAACAACGCCAUUAGCUACCAGCAGUCUUCCACCCAGCAGGUGGCAGCUUCUCAGCGCUCUGGCUCCUCCUCCUCCUCGGCCAUCUACAUGAACCUGACCCACAUGCAGGCGGCCGGAGCCGCGGGAGGGGUCAGCGGGGUGUCGGGGGUGGGGGCGGUCAGCCCCUCAGCCACACACAGCCCAGGGGGGACAUCGGUGGGCUCCUCCAUGGCAGACACAGCCAGCAGCCAGGCGGCCGCCAAGCUGGCCCUGAGGAAGCAGUUGGAGAAAACCCUGCUGGAGAUCCCGCCUCCAAAGCCGCCGGCGCCGCUCCUCCACUUCCUGCCGUCAGCGGCCAACAGCGAGUUUAUCUACAUGGUGGGCCUGGAGGAGGUUGUGCAGAGUGUCAUUGACAGUCAGGGUAAACUGCGUUUGCCCUCCUCCAUGGAGCCCUUCUCGUGUGCCCAGUGCAAGACGGACUUCACCCCUCACUGGAAGCAGGAGAAGGGUGGGCGCAUACUCUGCGAGACCUGUAUGUCAUCCAAUCAGAAGAAGGCACUGAAGGCCGAGCACACCAAUAGGCUGAAGAACGCCUUCGUUAAGGCUCUACAGCAGGAGCAGGAGAUUGAGCAGAGAAUCCAGUUGCAAGCCGCUCUUGCCACCAGUUCAGCUCAAACUGUUCCAAGCGUCAGUAAGGCUGAGUCUAUGAGCAGACAUCACACACACAGACAGGCGCCUCAGCCCCAGGUGACCCAGUCACAGGCCUCCCUCCAACGGGGUCUGUCUGGCUCGGCCCGGGGUGUCCUGUCCAACUUCGCCCAGGCCUCCCAGCUCUCGGUGGCCAGCAGCCUGCUGGGCAUGACUGGAAAGCGCAGUGGACAGCUGAGCACUAGUGGGCACAGCCGGGCACAGCAGCAACAGCAGCAACAGCAGCAGCAACAGCAGCAUCACGACAACCGCCGCCAGCUCUACAGCAUCCCUGGGGUGAACAUUGCCUACCUGAACCCGGGCAAUGUGGUCGGCCACAAGGGGUCCAGCCUGGCUGACCGCCAGAGGGAAUACCUGCUGGACAUGAUCCCGCCUCGCUCCAUAUCCCAGUCCAUCAGCGGACAGAAAUGAACCUCACCUCGCCCCGACGCAAUACCACAACCCUUCCCCACACCACACCCCAACCCCCAUCGCAUGCAGUGCCUGUUAGUGUGCCUACCAAACUAACCUGUAUGAAGAACACAAUCAACGAGUCAAAAGAGGCCACCAAACUCUGAAAUGACUUUUCAUUUGAACGUGAUGCAAACCCCUUUUAAAUCCUCUUGUUAUUACUAUCGUCAUUAGUGCUAUGGAUGUUGUUACUACAUUGCCGCUACCAGUUAUGAGCGUGCCCAUCUUUGUGGAGAACCCCUGUCUUUAUAUGCUUGUGGCAGUGUCCCGAGUGUGGGGUGUCUUUUGUUUUGGAUUUAUGCGCUUGUUUUUGAAGCAAUAUUUUGUCUCGCUUGAGCUUUCCUUACUGGACUCUAGUCUUUGUUAUGUCUGGAAUUACCAAGCUAUCUUUUUGAGAACUGCACCACUCUCCAAUCCCUGCUCUUUCUCUGAUUUCUGAUUUCAACCAUCACUCUGUUUUUCCACAUUUGGUUGUGAAUUGUUGGAGGAGAAAUUCUACCAGCCCGGCCAAACCUUUGUUUUAAAAAGGUGAUUGUGAUGGUUUAACUUUGACCUGAAUCUCUCAAGCCUUUGAGCUUGAGCUUUCUUCAAAUAUUUGUGGGGAAAAGAGGAUGUUUGAGACCCUGGAGUUGUCUGAAGCAAUGCUCCUCUAACUGAUUGUUGAAACAAGGAUGGAUACAUAUCCCACAAAGAGAGAGAGCCCAAUGCAACAUCUGGACUUGGAUUGGAUGCACCGUGAAAAAUACUACUCCCAUUGGACAUGAAGGCAUAGAAACUGAACCUAUAGCAGAGUUGCCCUGUAUCCUUUGACCUUUUCAUUUGAGGCAGAUGGGGGGGCUGUAGUUCAGAAGUGGUGGAAUUGAGAAGUUAGUAUCCUAAAGCAUAUAAUUAAUGGGGUAUUGAUUGGAGAUAUCAUUUAGAGGGAUUUGAUUGGACGAGAGAUCAUGUGAACGUACGUAAUUGCCUGAGAGAUCAGGUGAUAAGGUUUUUAUUUAAUUGGAGAGGAUACAUGUAUUGGAUUUGGUGGGAGGGAUUAUCCCUAGACUCAAAAUUGAAGGGGUUUCCAAUAGGACCAUGGUUUGUACUUAUUUAGGAGUGGGAAUGGGGGGGAAGAGGCACAGGGGUUGAUCCCUCUCUCUCCUGUUUUCAUCUCCUAGCUAAUGGGAUUUGCUAUUGUUCACUCUACCCUGUCAUUCAAAGUUCUGGAUUCCGUUUAGAUACUAUUUGAUACUAUACUUUCUUUUGUCAACAUUAUCCCCAUGGUGUCUGGGAGGCAUUUGAAAACGGUCAGGGAGAGUGGCUAGCUAUUAGCUUUAAGACUGCUCUAAGCUAUUUAGAUGUUUGGUGUCUUCUGAAGUGUUCGUGUAUCUGAAAGGUACUUUGCACAGGAGACAAUAAAUAAAUACAGUAUGACAAAUGCAACUUGAAUAUUUACAUAAAUCAAACAGUUAUAUAGAAGGAGACAUAUACAGGAUAUACAGUACCAGUAAAAAGUUUGGGCACACCUACUCAUUCAAUG